AUGCACACUCCCGGGAAAGGCCUGUCCCAGUUGUCUCUGCCAUACCGCUGCAGCACGCCCACGUGGCUGAAGCUCACCUUGGACAUCAACGUGAAGGAGCAGGUCUACAAGUUGACCAAGAAGGGCCUGAUGCCCUCUGAGAUAGGUGUGAUCCUGAGGGAUUCUCAUGGCAUGGCACAAGUACACUUUGUAACUGGCAACAAAAUUUUGAGAAUUCUGAAGUCCAAGGAACUUGCCCCUGACCUUCCUGAAGAUCUUUAUCACUUGAUCAAGAAAGCUGUGGCUGUUCAAAAGCAUCUUGAGAGAAGCAGAAAGGAUAAGGAUUCUAAAUUCUAUCGGAUUCUAAUUCUUUUACUUAACUUUUAA